AUGAGGAAUGGUCCCUGCCCACAAGGCCACUUCUGCCCCUCAGGAACCCUCACACCUCUGCCUUGCCCUGCAGGCAGCAUUCGCAAUCUCACUGGUGGUUAUUCCAUAGACAGCUGUCUACCCUGUCCAGCAGGGUACUACUGUGCCAGUGAGGGCCUUAAUGCUCCCAGUGGCCCCUGUUCCGCAGGCUUCUACUGCCCUGCUGAUUUCUCCUCUACUACUCCCCAUGCCUUCCUCUGCCCCAAGGGUCACUACUGUCCCCUGGGCUCUCCUGUGGCCUUGCCAUGUCCCACAGGACAAUAUCAGCCCAGCCCAGGCUCAGAGAUCUGCAUCCCGUGCCGCCCAGGCUUCUACUGUGAGGAGUCCAUUGCAGGAGACCCCUCACCAUGUCCCUCUCACUCUUAUUGCCCAGCAGGCACUAUGGUUCCUCAGCCAUGCCCCAAUGGCACCUACACUCUUCCUGGUGUCGAAGGUCUACAGAAUGAGAGAGAGUGCUUGGCCUGCCCCCCAGGAAAAUUUUGCAGGGGUGGUCAGAUAAGAGGCCUGUGUGCAGCUGGGUACUUGUGUAUCUCAGGCAGCUCAGAUUUGACCCCACGUGGCCCAGUUAUGACUAACACAACUCACUGUGAAUGGGGAGUGCAGUGUGCCGGACCCUGUCCUGCUGGUUUCUACUGUCCAAAGGGCACAGAGAAACCUCAAGCCUGCCCUGUUAAUACCAUAAAGGAAAUCCCUGGAGGAAGCAGCAUACAUGACUGUCUCCCCUGCCCACCCAGACACUGGUGCAAAGAGGGUGAUCCUGAGCUCUACAUGUGUCCUGAGGGUCAUUACUGUGAUGGUAUAAUUGAUUAUGAGUCUGAGGGUAGACCCGGACCAAGAAAGUGUCCUCGGUUUACUUAUAGACCUACUUCUGGUGCAGGAAGCAAAGGAGACUGUCUUCAGUGUCCGGCCGGAACUUUCUGCAAUGCUAUAGGUCUGACUGACUUCUCCAGUUUCCCCUGCCCCCCUGGGUAUUGGUGCAGUGGUACAGGUUUGCCAGUUCUUUGCCCUGCAGGCACCUUCAGAACUCAACCAGGGGCAAAUGCUUCUAGCCAGUGCCAACUCUGUGGUGCUGGUACCUAUUGCCCUGACCCUCGUCUCACUGGUCAGCCUAACACUGUGGGAAUUCCUUGCAGAGCCUCUUACCAGUGCCCCAUUGGUGGGUACAGAGAUGCUUUAUUUUAUAUUUGCAUAUAA